AUGCUGUUGAAGAUUUCGUUGAAAAAAUACUGUUUUGGUAAAACCCAUCUUAAAUUUUACCUGCGCAGUUGGUUCUACAACUCCACAGCCCAGAGAUGUCAAAAGUUCAUCUUCUUAGGCGGUGCGCGGAAUGGCAAUAAUUUUAAUAGCCAAGCUCGGUGUCGCAAAAUUUGCCUAGCGCAAGUGCCUCUACCAAUUAAUUUUUCCUUCACUGAUGAUGGCGUUUAAAAAGAACAAAGAUUUGAAUCAAAUACAAAGUAAUAAAUGAGACUUAAAUAAGUUAAGGCAAGUC